AUGGCUUCAAUGUUCAGGCCACCAGAGUCUCGUAGGACGAAUUCCAAACCUCCGAGAUUAUCCUUACCAUCACAGUUAGUAUCAAACAGUAAACCUACAAACGAGAAUGAAGAAAAGCUUCGACAGACGUUAUCUAUUUCUGUGCCGUCUAGUGCUACAACUCAGUCGAGUGCGACUUCUGGCAAGUCCAUUAGGACCUUGAGAAAUAGACCCGUUCCUCCACCAACUACGGCAAUAAACACUUCAACAACACCUCUAUCGUCGAGUGGGAAUUCAGACGGAACCGUAGCCUCAGCGACUAGCAGGUUACAGGGACUUAAGAUUAAUACGGAACAUGUGCCAAUGUCGGAAUCAUUGCUGUCUAGUCAGAGCGCGGACUCGAUGACGUCGAACUUGAUUUCGAUGUAUGACAGUGAACCUACAACGAGCAGUACAACAAGUUUGGCGAGGUCGGAGAAAGAGGAGGAAGAAGUUUCGCAGCAACUAUCAAAAGAACAAGAACAAGAACAAUCGAAAUUACCUCUGCAAAAGUUACAAACGCCACAAACGCCACAACUUAAAAAUGUAACAGAAGAAACUACUCAAGAAGAAGAUAUAGACGAACUAUCCUCAGAUAUAUGGCUGACUUAUAAGAUACACGAACAGAUAGAUACCCUAGGAGUGCUCGGUGAAGGAGCUGGUGGUUCCGUCACCAAGUGCAAACUAAAAAAUGGAUCAAAAAUAUUUGCUUUGAAGACAAUAGCAACUAUCGAAAAUGAUGGAUCAGAGAAACAGAUUUUUAGAGAACUACAAUUCAACAAAAGUUGCAAAUCAGACUUUAUCGUGAAGUAUUAUGGUAUGUUCACUUGCGAGCAAACAUCCUCUAUAUUUAUUGCGAUGGAAUAUAUGGGUGGAAAGUCCUUAGAUUCAGUCUACAAACACUUACUUUCAAAAGGAGGACGGAUCGGAGAAAAAGUAUUGGGUAAAAUAGCAGAAAGCGUGCUUCGAGGCCUAUCAUAUCUACACGAAAGGAAAAUAAUCCACAGAGACAUCAAGCCUCAAAAUAUUCUAUUCAAUGAAAUGGGGCAGGUAAAACUCUGCGAUUUCGGUGUUUCAGGUGAAGCAGUGAACUCCCUAGCAACUACUUUCACAGGGACUUCAUACUAUAUGGCACCUGAAAGAAUUCAAGGUCAGCCAUAUAGUGUUACAAGUGACGUGUGGUCAUUAGGACUCACUUUACUCGAAGUUGCACAAGGUCACUCUCCAUUCGAUUCUGAUAAAUUAGCUGCAAAUAUGCCCCCUAUAGAACUUCUCAUGUUAAUUCUAACCUUCACUCCAAAGCUAAAAGAUGAACCUGAGCAUGGGAUUUUAUGGUCGAAGUCCUUUAAAUCUUUUCUUGAUUAUAGUCUGAAGAAAGACUCGAAAGAACGUCCAUCGCCCAGACAAAUGCUGCAACAUCCUUGGAUGUUGGGACAAGUAAAAAAGCACGUCAACAUGAAGAAAUUCAUCCAGACCUGCUGGGAAGACUGA